GAUUUAUUUAUAUUUUCGCGCCUCGUCCGGAUCGGUGUGUAUGCGCGAAGUGUCAUUUCAAAAUUUGCUCCGUCUCCAUUGGGAACAGUUCCCGUAGUGUUUCGAGAUGGCCAUCGAGCAACUUGGCUACAGCGUAGGCUUCAUCGCGUUGACCUGCUUGAUUGCGGGUAUCGCACGUCGCCUGAACAGCAAAUUAUCCAAAGAUGGACUGGUGAAGGAAUUGAUCUUCGAAGCGAUCGCCGCAGCCGAGCUGUGCGGGUGUUGCUUUGAGCUAAUAAUCGUGGCGGAUAACUUUGGUGUGGCCACUUAUGCGGUGUUCCUGUUCACACUAACUAUUUGGUGGGGAACGCAAUGGGGCAAUGCAACGGCUUGUCCAUAUACCUACAUGGAGCAAAUUGUACAAGGAGAGGUAAGCUUCAAAGAAGCUGCACUGAAAAUCUGGGCCCAAGUAAUGGGCGGGUGCUGCGUAUACCGUUAUGUUCAGCUCUACUGGUGGCUGGAGAUAGCUGAAACUCAUGAAGGCAGGGCAUUCGAAGAGUGUAGUGCUGAUUUGAAGGUAAAUUUGUACCUGGGAGCCUUUAUCGAAGGAUUCGCUACAUUAUGCUGUCGCCUGGCUUCGAAGACUAUUUCUGAAAAAGAUGCUAAAUUUGGGGCUUUCAUAGAUUCGUUCAUUGGUACAAGUUUGGUCGUGGCAGCAUUCAACUAUUCCGGUGGCUAUUUCAAUCCGGUUUUGGCUACUUCGCUAAAAUGGGGUUGUGCUGGAAAUUCCGCCCUUGAACACAUCAUCGUUUACUGGAUUGGCUCGUGUGUUGGUGCAGUGCUUUCGGUUCCGCUGUUCAAGACUUCAACGUUCCGUAACAUGUUUAUUGCCGAUAAAACCAAAUCCGAAUGAGGAACAACUUGACGACAAAUCUUCUUUUCGAACACUACAAAAUGCACUUCGUUGUUUGCACAGUAUCGAUCGAUUUCUCUAGUCAACUGAAGAUACCUAAAGCUCCGGACUGAAGUUAGGAGCUAAUCUUAGUUUUAUAUGCUGUUGAUGUUAUGAAAAUUUUCGAUCCCUAGCUUAAAGUUUUUAUAAAGAUAUCGGAAUUAGCAUCUUAUCUAAACUCGAAACACAAUCGUACUAUAAAAGAUGAAGUAACGUAAGUAAAGUAACAAACAUAUAAUCAAUGUUCCGGUUUUAUGUAAACGAAAAUUGUACAUUGAAUAUUCGUGGAACAAAAUAAAGAAGCUUGAAAUGCCCUUUUGAAAAAA